AUGUGGUUGUUGUUUUUCUUGUCGUUAUUCGUUGGAGUUAGUGGAAAUUUAUAUGGAUGUCCAACAAAUGUAACUUGUUUAUCGGAAGAAACAUGUUGUCAAACAAGUACUGGUUUAUGGGCAUGUUGUCCAAUUCAAGAUGGUCUUUGUUGUGAUGAUGGUCUUCAUUGUUGUUCAAAAGGUCAAACAUGUUUAUCUGAUGGACAAUGUUCUUCAUCUUCAAAUCAUAUUUAUCCUGGUUUACCAUUAAAAAUUCGAUUAAAUCAAAUAAAUUCAGUUCCAUGUCCAGAUGGAAGUUCUUGUCCUGAUGGUAAUACUUGUUGUCAAUUAUCAUCCGGUCAAUAUGGUUGUUGUCCACUUGGUAUCGUUUAUUGUUCUGAUGCUGUUUGUUGUAGUGAUCAUCUUCAUUGUUGUCCUCAUGGAUAUACUUGUGAUGUUGAACAUUCCCGAUGUAAAAAGAAACUUAAUGAUGUAAAUGAUGUUCCAUGCUUUGACGGUUCUGCAUGUCCUGAUGGUAACACAUGUUGUCAAUUACAAUCAGGAGAAUAUGGUUGUUGUCCAUUAGCUGAUGCUGUGUGUUGUAGUGAUCAUCUUCAUUGUUGUCCACAUGGAUAUAGUUGUGAUGUUGAAAAAGGUCAAUGUAAUCCUGGUAUAUAUAUUCCAUGGUUUACUAAAAUACCAUCUUUACAUCGAAAACAACACUUGACAAAUAUAAUUAUUGAUAAACAAAUAAAUAUAUAUGAAUUAAAACCAUCGUCAAAUUCCAAUGCACAAAUCAUUUGUCCAGAUGCUACAAGUUUAUGUCCAUCAACAUCAACUUGUUGUUUAACACCUGAAUCAACAUGGGGUUGUUGUCCAGUAGAAAAAGCCGUUUGUUGUUCUGAUCAUUUACAUUGUUGUCCUGAACAUUAUAAAUGUGAUUUACAUAUAUUUAAAUGUGAUCAUGAUUUAUUUGGAUCAAUUCCAAUGUUAAAAAAAGAACCAUCUUUAUAUGUUAUUUCAUCAAAUAUAAUUCUUUCAAACGUUCAAUCAACACUUUCAACAAUUCAAUGUCCUGAUGGUUUAUCUUAUUGUCCUGAAGAAACAACUUGUUGUGAAUUGAAAGAUGGUUCUUAUGGAUGUUGUCCAUAUCCUCAAGCAAUUUGUUGUCCGGAUAAAAUUCAUUGUUGUGGAAAUGGAUAUUCAUGUGAUGAUAGUGGUAAAAGAUGUAUUCGUCAUUUAAACUCAUUAAAUAAAACUGAUAUAAGAGAAUCUGCUGAAAAAUUUUUAUCAUUAAAAAUGAAAAUAAAUGUUGAAUCAUUUCAUAAAUUAUCUCCAUUAAAAGAUCAAACAUGUCCUGAUGGUAAAACAAUAUGUUCAUCAAGUUCAACAUGUUGUCAAAAUAAACAAAAUAAUCAAGUUACUUAUUCAUGUUGUCCUUAUUCAAAAGGUGUUUGUUGUGGUUCAAAUGGAUCAGUUUGUUGUCCAAAUGGUUAUACUUGUAAUGAAGAACAACUUUCUUGUCAAUUAAGUGAUUCAAAAUUCUUACGAGAAGCUCGAAUGGAUAUUGAUAAUAAUCAAUGUGGAACAUCAAAUGUUGCUUGUUCACUUGAUCAACAAUGUUGUAGAACUUAUGGAUCAUCUGAUGUCGAAUUUGCUUGUUGUGCUUUUUCUGAUGGUCAAUGUUGUGAGGAUGGUCAACAUUGUUGUCCAAGAGGUACAAAAUGUGAUGUUCAAUCUGGUGGAUGUAUUCAAAAUUAUUAA